UGCUUUCCUUCAAAGGUGUAUCGGUCGAGGUAUCGGUUGAAAAAUGCAUUACAUUAAAAUUCACAAAGUAAUCGCACUGAUGAUGUCUUUCUUCUAUUUCAUUGGGUUUUGGCAUCGUGGUGAUACAUCCACAGCGAGAGAAUUCAAAAUUAAGUUUUUUUAUAGCAUUUACUACUGCGUUUUCGUCGUAUCAUUUAUCGUUGGAGCAAUUUCGAAUGUUAGCGAAGAUGCCACUAUAUUCUUAGCGGAAGCAUCAAUCGCAGCUGGAGUUUAUGCAAUUAAGCUUUGGAUUUUAAUUUGGAAGCAAAAUGAAAUUAUUGAUUUAUUGAAACGAAUUUGUGAAUUUUCGAUUCGCGGCGAUUAUGGCUACGUACUUUUCAGUAACAAAAUCAGAGGAUUCAUGAGAUGCGUAAUAGUAUUUGUAAUUGGCUUAAUUAUUGGUUCUACGUUAGAGACUGUAGUCUCGCCGUUUUUUGGAAGUGAGAAAACUUUAUUUUUCGAAAUUUGGUUCCCUUUGGAUUGGCAGAACAAUGAAGCUGCCUUCUGGAUCGCAACCAUUUUUAUUUUCAUUGGAGACUUUUUGCUGAUGACAGUUAUAAUAUUCUCCACAAUCAUUUGGUAUUUACUUUUGAAUUGCUCACUGAGAUAUGAAGUUCUUGGAGAACAGUUGAAGAAUCUGGGACAAAUUACCGAAAUUGGAAAGGUAUCAGAAACGCAGUACGACAAUUUCUUUGAAAACUUAAAGGAAUCAAUCGAUCUUCAUAUACACUUAAGGGAAAUGACUAACGAAUUGGGUUCCUUUCUCUCAGACCUAUUUUUCAUUCAGUUUGGCACCAGUGGUUUAUGUAUUUGCGGAUCAAUUUAUUGCCUGACAUUUGACAUCGGGGACAAUGCGUUGGAACGUCUUAUGUAUCUUUCACUGUUCUUUCUUUUCGUAGCCGAAUUAUUUAUGAUAACGUACUUUGGGAAUGAGAUUAUGUUGUCGAGUAAUCGGCUCUCCUACUGUUUAUUUGAAUCGGACUGGUACAACCAGCCGCAAUCAACCAAAAAAUGUGUCAUUAUUUUCGGUGAAUAUUUGAAACAGCCGCAGGAGUUUGUGAUUGGCAAAUUGUAUCCAUUAACUUUGGAGACAUUCACGAAGAUUUUAAAUUCAGCCUACCACAUGUUCAAUAUUUUGAAAAAUUUUGAAGCAUAAAAUUUGUACUUCGACACUCUGUAGUAUAAGAAAAAAGAGCGACAUUUUUACGCAACGACAUUGGCCUUUCAUGGGUUAGUCGAUAGAGUGCUGUAAGAAAAACGUGCCGUUGUUUUCCGAGACGAAGCCGAUCGUCACUGUCGGUCGUUCUUUAUUUUCAUAUCACGCCUGAAGAGACGGCAAAUACUUUCGAUUCAUUAUUACAUAUUAGAUGAUUUGAAUAUAAAGCCUGAAAAAUUUAU